AUGCUCUCGGGUCGUGACGAUCCAGAGUUCUGGGACUUUCUGCCCCGUGGAUCGGGAAUUGUAACCCGACGCCCCCUGGUUCUGCAACUGGUGAAUGCCACGACUGAAUAUGGCGAGUUCCUACACUGCAAAGGGAAGAAGUUCACGGACUUUGAGGAGAUACGUGUCGAGAUCGAAACCGAGACCGACAGAGUCACCGGCUCCAACAAGGGUAUCUCCUCCGUCCCGAUCAACCUACGCGUUUAUUCUCCGAACGUCCUAAGUCUGACUCUGGUGGACCUUCCUGGGAUGACCAAGGUUCCAGUUGGAGACCAGCCACCAGACAUCGAAUUCCAGAUCCGUGAAAUGUUGAUGCAGUUCGUCACCAAAGAAAACUGUCUUGUCCUUGCGGUCUCUCCAGCCAACAGCGAUCUGGCCAAUUCCGAUGCUCUUAAGAUUGCCAAAGAGGUUGACCCUCAAGGCCAACGUACCAUCGGAGUCAUCACCAAGUUGGACCUCAUGGAUGAAGGAACCGAUGCGCGUGAUGUUCUGGAGAACAAGCUGCUUCCAUUAAGGAGAGGUUACAUCGGGGUGGUGAACCGCAGCCAGAAGGACAUCGAUGGGAAGAAGGACAUUCAGGCGGCUUUAGCGGCCGAACGCAAGUUCUUCCUCUCCCACCCAGCGUACCGGCACAUGGCGGACCGUAUGGGCACUCCCUACCUGCAGAAAACUUUGAAUCAGCAACUGACCAAUCAUAUCCGCGACACGCUGCCAGGCCUGAGGAACAAGCUCCAGUGUCAGCUGCUGUCGAUUGAGAAGGAAGUAGAAGAAUACAAGAAUUUUCGUCCGGAUGAUCCUGCCCGCAAGACCAAAGCUUUGCUCCAGAUGGUCCAGCAGUUUGCUGUGGAUUUUGAGAAACGCAUCGAAGGUUCUGGAGAUCAGAUCGAUACCUAUGAACUCUCCGGUGGUGCUCGGAUCAAUCGUAUCUUUCACGAACGAUUCCCAUUUGAGCUUGUGAAGAUGGAAUUUGACGAGAAGGAACUCCGAAGAGAGAUCAGCUAUGCGAUUAAGAACAUCCAUGGUAUCAGAACUGGUCUCUUCACGCCUGACAUGGCUUUUGAGACCAUUGUAAAGAAGCAAGUCAAGAAGAUUAAAGAGCCUUGCUUGAAAUGCGUGGACAUGGUCAUUUCGGAGUUAAUCAAUACGGUUAGACAGUGCACCAAGAAGCUAGUCCAAUAUCCUCACUUGCGAGAGGAGAUGGAGCGUAUCGUGACCACUUACAUCCGGGAGAGAGAAGGAAGGACCAAAGAGCAGGUCAUGCUCUUGAUAGAUAUUGAACUCGCCUAUAUGAAUACCAAUCAUGAAGACUUCAUUGGGUUUGCCAAUGCUCAGCAAAGGAGCAGCCAAAUGAGUAAGAAAAAAACAGCCGGGAAUCAGGAUGAGAUCCUGGUGACCGGCAAUGCCCAUCAGAGCACAGUAGAGGCGCAGGAGGGCGCUGGCUUUGACGACGUGUUCCUCCUUCAGCCCAGAAUAGACCGAGAUGUUGGGUUCCAUGUCUGGCUCGGCCUCCUCGGGGAUGUGCAAACUCCGGACGGUGGGCAGAAUCCCCAUCAGUUCGAGGAGCAGCUGCCUCCUCAUCCGCCAAAGCACGGAGCUGAUGUUCUCCCGUUUGCGCUGCACAAGAGAAGGAAAACGUGGCUCCCUUUAAACAUCGAUCAGGAGAAAGAAAAGAAGUACAUGCUGCCGGUGGACAACUUGAAGGUGCGAGACAUUGAGAAAGGUUUCAUGUCCAGCAAGUACAUCUUUGCCCUCUUCAACACGGAGCAAAGGAACGUUUACAAAGAUUACCGUCAACUGGAGCUGGCCUGCGAAACUCAGGAGGAGGUAGAUAGUUGGAAGGCGUCCUUCUUGCGGGCUGGAGUUUACCCAGAACGCGUUGUGUCCGGGGACUCAGAAGAGAACGGCUCGGACAGCUUAAUGCAUUCAAUGGAUCCCCAGCUGGAGAGGCAAGUGGAAACGAUCCGGAACCUUGUCGAUUCCUACAUGGCCAUCGUCAACAAAACCAUCCGUGAUCUGAUGCCCAAGACAAUCAUGCACCUUAUGAUAAACAACACCAAGGAGUUCAUCCACUCCGAGCUCCUCGCCAACCUCUACUCCUGUGGCGACCAGAACACCCUCAUGGAGGAGUCGCUCGAACAAGCCCAGCAUCGCGACGAGAUGUUGCGCAUGUAUCAUGCCCUGAGGGAGGCCCUUAACAUCAUCGGGGACAUCAAUACUACCACCAUCAGCACUCCGCUGCCUCCGCCAGUGGACGACUCUUGGCUGCAGGUGCAGAACAUACCGUCCGGACGCAGGUCUCCCACCUCCAGCCCCACGCCGCAGAGAAGAGCACCGGCAGUCCCUCCCACCAGACCCGGAUCGCGGGGCCCAGCUCCUGGACCUCCGCCUGUUGGUGGUCCCAGCCUCGGUGGUGCUCCCCCUGUGCCUUCCAGGCCGGGGGCCUCUCCUGAUCCUUUUGGGCCACCCCCACAAGUCCCCUCGCGGCCCAACCGCGCGCCCCCGGGGGUCCCAAGAAUCACUAUCAGUGACCCUUGAGGACUGGCAGAGACCGCCGGAAGGGCCCUUCUUCACCUACACGAGCCACAUUAAUCCGAUCAGCUGAAUCUUCCCUUUUAGAUUUAUAACCUGGGUUUCCCCUCUACUCUGCCAACCCAGCAUCCCCCUCGGCUCUUCUGCCCCUUCCUCCAUGUGGUUUAAAAAAAAAAAACAUGCUCAUUUAGUAAAUUGAGCACUUUGUCUACUAUUGUGCGUCCGUUAUUGCUUGUGAGCCUAGAGUAGUUCUAGUCGAAGGGCAUGAAUCGUGAAUGCCGUUGAGUUCUCCGAGGCGUAGACUUACAGGAGCAUCCGUGCCUCGACGUACCCGGCUCGUCUUGGGUUUGGUGUCCUGCCUGCCUGGUUCAGCUGUAGCCCUUAAUCCGUAGCAACGUAGUCCAUUUCGUUCCCUUUACUGUAGUAAAGACAGAAACACAUGGUCUUUGUGCUGGAAACUCUUUUGAGGAGCACCACACUCGGCGAGAGAACCUGGACUGGAAUGCUUUCACGUUCUUGAGAAACGGGAUUGAAUUCAAGGUGCGGCCACGGGGGCCCGAUGGGGGGGGGGGGCUGAUUUUUUCAAGCAGGGCCAACUGGUUUGGUGGCCAGGGAGGGGCUUCCUGGAUGGCGCAGACUUCCUGAGGACCUGAUCAGAUGGAUUGAAACCAACGUUCAGAGGUCACCCUCCGUUCUCGGAGAGACGCGACAGGAGGCAUGGUGGCUUCAGCUAGCUUUUCUGGCAUGACCGAGAGACCGAGGUUUAAUCUAGUUCCUUCUCAGACAGAAUGGACCAGCUGAUAUUUCAAAAAACAGAGAGAGAGAGAGAGAGAGAGAGAGAGAGAGAGAGUUUGUUGUGUAAAUGUUUUAUGAGCUUUGCUUCUGACAAAAAAAAAAUCUUAACAAGGACCUCUUCAAACGUGUGUUGAUGUCUUGAGUAUUCUGGUGAUUCCAUUCGCUUCCUUGCAUGCAGGACGUACGUAUUUCAUUAUGGGGGGGGGAAUACACAUUUUUAUUGCCAACUUGGACAUCCCUCGGCACCAGCUCUGUGACCUACCUAUUUAGGAAUAAAUGUGGGGGGGAAAAACCCCCCCAAAGUCCGCCACUUUCCUGUCCUUCUAAAAGCCACCAUUUAAGUCCAAUUUACGUUCCUUGAUCUGAACGGUGUUUUGAGUUGAGUUCUGAUGUCUGUUCCUUUCUGCAUUUUAACUAUUGUUUUAAUUCUUUUGUUCCUCCCCGUAUCCUUCUCCUUCUUCUUCUUUUUGUUCUCCUUGUCUUCUUCUUUUCUUCCUUUUGAAUUCCAGCCGGCCUAGCAAAGCCAGUCCCUCUCGUCCGGAGAGCCCAAAGUCAUCGUUUGACAUGUAACUCUGCUCAUCCGUCUUUUUUAAUCUGCCUCUUAGCUGUCCUGUCCUGGAAUGAUCGAACGCACAUCUUAAAAACAAAACUACAAAAAAAAAAAAAAAAAAUACAAAACCCCACAGCUUUGUUCUGUCGUAGCUUGUGGCUUGCACAUAUCAGAUACGACUCUAGUGAAACUGUUUCGGGUUUUUUUUGGUCCCCCCCUUUUUUUUUUUGGUCCUUCUUCCUGGUUGCUUAAAACAGAAUUUUAAACAAAGCCAAUGAGUUAUAUUGUAGUAACAGAACACAUCUUUACUGUUAUAUAAAUAUCUAUAAAUAUAUACAUAUAUAUAUAUAAAGAUCUAAAGUCUAUAUGGUGUCCAGAUGUUUUAAAAGCCUUUAAAUGCCUCCAACUGUUGAUUUUAGCAAAUACUUGAGUAGGAAGAAUGUGUGUUCGUGGGUGUGUGUAUAACACAUGCACAUUGUACGCACACCUGAUAAAAAUGUAAUUCAGUUGCUGCAGCUGGGUUAUUGCUCCCAAAUUGUGGGUGAUUUUUUUCCCCUUUUUUUGCAGUCCUGGUAGUACUUGUAAUGCCGUGUGUGACCUAUCAUCUCCUGUUCACUGGCUGAAAUAAAUUAUUUCUGUAUAACAGAGAUGUCAUGCCUUCAAUAAAAUCCUCUCUCGGUU